CUUAUCAUCUCGAUUCCCACCCCUCCCGACCCUCACCUCAUUUGUUCAUCACGUAAAUUCCUUCUCAUUUGUAUACUUUUGUAAGCAUUUCUUUACUUUUCCUCUUCAAAAAUAGAAAUGUGCGAAUAUUUAAGGGUUUUCUAUAUGAUGCAGUUUACAUAGGAAACGUGUGACUAAAAUUUUCUAAACAGGAAAAGUUCGGUGUUGUGAUCAUGGAUUUAGUCGGGUUCAAAAAUGCAAGACUUAUUUUUGACGAACCUCGUGCUAUUUUUUAUGCCGGUCAAAUGAUAAGUGGACACAUAGAAUGUGUGUUGAAUGAGCCCACAAACUAUGCAGCAAUUUAUGUAACAUAUUAUGGAGAAGGCAGAGUAUAUUGGACAGAGACUGAAGUCAAUGAGUCUUAUGGUAACCGAAGGAGUGUUGAAGUGGAGUAUAAGGCAAAAGAAGAAUACUUCAAUGCCACACAAUGUAUCUCUGUGGGAAAUGAGAAAUCGAGCUUUAACUACGUAGGUCCAGUCUCGCUUUCACCCGGCACCCACAAAAUACCCUUCCAAUACCUGAUACCUGAGACAGCGCCAUCCUCAUUUAGAGGAGAAAGAGGGGAAAUAUCCUACACAAUCCGGGUAUACAUGGACAAUAACGCAGGGGUAGACAGGAUACAAAUUGAAAAGGCAUUCGAAGUUGUAGCGCCCCUGGAUUUGAACAAGCUGGGUGGAGAUGUUAAGCAACCAAUAAAUAUGGAAUUCGAAGAGUGCUACGGGGGGUGUUGUGGUCCGUAUCCGUUGAACAUUGUUGUGAAAUUACCGGCGUCAGGUUUUUGUCCCGGACAGAUUAUACCCAUCACAGUGGUGGCCCGUAACGAAACUCAGGUUGAGAUCAAGAAAAUCAUCUUCCAGUUGACCAAGAAAGAAUGCUACCACAGCCUAGAGCCGCCGUCGGACUUUGUUCCACCUGAAGAAGUCUUGGAGACCGUGAAGACAGGUCCGAUUCUGAGCAAUACCAAACGAGAGCUGACAUAUGAGUUGGUCGUCCCGGCCAUGAUCGUGCCAAACCUGGAUAAUUGCUCCAUCAUUGAUGUUGGAUAUUUUUUGAAGGUAAUGAUAAGGAUGUCUGGUUGCUACGACGACCUUGAAGAGGAGGAAGAAAUAUGCCUCGGGUUAGUACCCCUCAGUUCUCUGAUAGGUGACGAACCAUACAUACAUCCGAUGCAGAGCGACCUGCCACGGGCGCCUUUACCGAGUCUUGGGUCUAUUCCGGUACACACAGAAACUGUGCAGAAUAUGUCAUAUCCUCCUAUGGAAAGUUCAACUACAGCUUACCCUAAUUCUGCUCCGUACCCCACCUCGUGUCCAUACUCUCCGAAUUCCCAAAUCCAAACUGGCCAAUCCGGCGGCGAACAGAUCCCACUCGGAACAUUACGCAGCAAUAACAUUGGUUUCGUCAUCCCUCCAUGUGCGCCGAAUCAACCCAAUUAUAAUUCUCCUUACCCCGGGAACAUAAGUAACAACCAGGUUAACCCGCCCUACCCUGGGAUCGUAAGUAACAACCAGGGUAACCCUCCCUAUCCCGGGAACAUAGGUAUCAAUCAGGGUAACCCGCCUUACCCCGGGAACAUAGGUACAAAUCAGGGUAACCCGCCUUACCCCGGGAACAUAGGUUCAAAUCAGGGUAACCCGCCUUACCCCGGGAACAUAGGUAACAAUCAGGGUAACCCGCCUUACCCCGAGAACAUAGGUAACAUUCAGGGUAAUCCGCCUUAUCCCGCGUACACCGCGCCUUCGGCACCUCCUCCAAGUUGAUUCACUUAAUGCAUCAUAUUUUAAUUAUAACAAUUCUUGUACCUAUGUGAUAAUGUGGAUAGUAAAGCAAAUAAAUUAAAAAAAAUAUUUGGUGUCUGUCGGAACCAGCACCAGUAUUAUUAUUAUUUAAAUCGAUAUCGUGCCAUUUGUAAGUACAUAAAAUAACUGAUACUUUAUCAGUUGUAAUUUCAUACAUUAAGGGAAAUACCAAUGUUUGUAAUGGUUUUGCAUUUACGUUUUACGUGUAUUUAAAAUACGCACAAAAUUAUCUUAAUAGACAUGCGUUACUUUGUUUAAUAAUUAUUGUUUAGACAUACGUAGCUGCUAUUUAUUUCAAAUUUACACGCACAAUAAAAUCACAAAACGUAUUUCAAAACGAAAUUAGAUUUCUAGUCCAAAACAGCAAUGCAAAGGGCCUUCUUACUUAAUCAAAACCAUUUUUCUUUAUAUUAUAUUUUAAACGUCCCAGCAAUGGGACGUAUAUAGGCUGUUUAUGUUAUAUUAUAAUGUAACUAGGGUUCUACUAUUCUUAUAUGAAGUUUUUAUAAAAUAUAGCUAAAAGGAAAAAAGUGUUUCCAUAUUGUUAUUAUUAUAUUUUUAAUAAGUAUAUUUUCCUAUAGCUAUUGCAUUUGCGUAAUUAAUCAUAACUAAGCUGCCUUAUAGUGUUAAGGAUGAUGUUGUUGUCUGUUUACAUAAUUAUUUACCUCAUAAAAUUGACUGUUAUAAUGCUAAAAUAUUUUUGAAUUAUAUACAUAACGUAAAAAAGUAUAAAUACUUGUCCUUAAUAAACUUACUACUCAGAACUUGCCAUACUGGCUUACGUAUUUAAAACUAGCUUAAUGUGUGUUUAACUAUUAUAACAUGGAGACCCGUUAUCUAUUUUACUUAAAAAUACUAAGUGU